AGUAACCGCGGGACCUAAUCUCUGACCUGAAAAAAACUAGCUAUUUCCGUGGUUGCCGACACGGUAAUCUGUCCAGUCCUCAACGAGCUUUUGGCAGGAGAGUCGGAGAAGCGCUACCUACAGUUUCUCACUGAAAUCCCAUUUAAAGAAGCAGACAUGGGUCGUAAAGAAGCCGAAUUUGACUGGAAGAAGACCACUGACAACAUCCAGGAGGUGUUUGACUUCAUGGAGGUCCUUGGAUCGGGGGCGUUCUCCGAGGUGUUCAUGGUGAAGGAGAAGAAGACAGGCAAGCUGUUUGCCAUGAAGUGUGUGAAGAAGAAGCAGAAGAGUAUUCAGAAUCUGGAGAAUGAGAUUGCCGUGUUGAGAAAGAUCAAACACGAUAACGUUGUUGGGUUGGAGGAUUUCUAUGAAAGUCGCUCUCAUUACUACCUUGUCAUGCAGCUCGUUGCUGGGGGUGAGCUGUUUGACCGUAUCCUGGACCGGGGGAUGUACUCAGAGAAGGAUGCCAGCAGGGUCAUCCAACAGGUGCUCCAGGCCGUACAAUACCUCCAUCAGAAUGGCAUCGUGCACCGCGACCUCAAGCCGGAGAACCUGCUGUAUUACAGUCAGGAUGAGAGCUCCAAGAUCAUGAUCAGUGACUUUGGCCUGUCCAAGAUGGAAGACAACGGUGUCAUGUCCACAGCCUGCGGCACUCCAGGAUAUGUGGCCCCUGAAGUCUUGGCCCAGAAACCCUACAGCAAGGCAGUGGACUGCUGGUCUAUUGGAGUCAUCACUUAUAUCCUGCUCUGUGGAUAUCCUCCUUUCUAUGAGGACACUGAGACGCGACUGUUCUCUAAGAUCAUGAAGGCACAGUACGAGUUUGACUCUCCCUUCUGGGAUGACAUCUCUGAAUCAGCCAAAGAUUUUAUCCGCAACAUGAUGCAGAAGAACCCUAAGAUGCGCUUCACUACAGAGCAGGCUCUCAGGCAUCCCUGGAUCAUUGGAAAUACAGCACGGAGCCAGGAUAUUUACCACUCUGUCAGUGUCCAGAUGCAGAAGAACUUUGCCAAGACCAAGUGGAAGCAAGCCUUUAACGCCACCGUGGCCAUCAAUCACAUGAAGAAGCUGCAGCUGGCCCACUCUGAGCUGGUGGUCAAGGCGCAGACCCUCAACAUGCCCACCAUCCAGGUCAUCGACGUCUCCUCCCCCACCAAGUCCCACAACCCCCUGGAUCCCGAGAGAUUGGAACACAAAGGGAACCACAUGACCCUACAAAUCAGCUCCAGAGACACGAAGAGCCACCAGCCCCUAAAGAUCAGCCAAAGCGAGCCGGCACACACCCAUACCUUCGCAGAGACGGGCAAACAUGCCUACCACUCUGAGCCUGCUAACCUUAAUACGUACAGGGCAACGGCCAACCGCAAUGGCCAGGCUCUCCAGACUGGAGUGUGCUCUGUCAUGUGAAGGGUCUUUGGAAGGACUUUGUGUGGAAUUUUUUUACUAGGUCAGUCAGACGACUUCUUCCUGUCGGCCAGCCUAGGCACUGACACUGGCAAGUGGAUUCUCAGGACGGCCAGUGAGAUCCAGAAUCUGCCGGGUUUCUGAAACAGUGCCUACAAACCACCCUGAACACAUUCUAGACAUACUGUACACUGACAGACACACACAUACAUGUAUAUAACAAGGUAUUCCAUGAUGUCCAGGGCGGAGGGGCACUAUGCUCACUAGGAACUGUGCGGUGUAUGUAUUAUACCAUGGACAUCACAUAACAAUUUGUGUUAUAACCCUUGAAGAAGGAGUUGAUGUCAGGGAAAGGUUUGUUUGCGUCGUGGUGAUGCGAUGUGGAGCCAAGUUGUUGAAAGACCGCUAAAUAAGAAGAAAUAGGACUACUGUGUACAUCACUAUAAGACUGACUUAGGUGGUUGUGCUGUUCCAUGGUGUGGAGAGAUGGUCGAAACAGAAAGCCAUCUUUGAUGUGGAAUAUAUGACCAAGCAGAAUUUUAUCACUAUGUACAUUGAUGGGGGAAGUUGAUGGGGAACAUUGAGUCUCAUGAUGCUAAAAGGGAUUCUUGUUAAAGCUCUUUUUGUUUCUCAAAAUUCUCUUGUUCUGUCAUUCCCUUAUGUUUUCUUUGUCAGGCUUUAUUGUUCUAACAUAUUCACAACAUUCUUUAACAAAGCCAUUUCUUGAGCGUAUUAAGAAGUAAGCGAACAAUAGUGUUAUCUGUGUGCUCCCUGACAACUCAUUACCAGUGGAAAUACUAUGAAUGUACUCUUAAUGACUUGCCAACUCACCAGCACUCAUAUUAAUGAAGGGUGAGAUUGUAAAUAUCAUUGUAAAUCUAAUUUAUCCUUGUGCUGAAGAGAUUUGGAUAAUAGUAAUAUAAUAUUAUCAAUACAGUAAUAAAAUAAUGUCUCCUUUAAUACAAGGAGGUGAGUUGCUUCUGUCCCAAGCUCAGCG